GCGAAAGUCGACACCAUGAGGAUUAACCGAGUCAUCCAUCCUCAACCAACCAUCCGGUUGAGGGGCGAUGCCAUGAAAAUGACAAGACAAGAAAAUAUAAAUGUAGGCAGCAAUGUAUGUCUGUCUAUCUGUCUUUUCUUGUCCAACAGGGCGACCGCCAGGCGUCAUGAAAUACUGCCAGGAGUGCUGCCACUUCAAUACCACCAACAUGUUACUCCUCGUGAUGUCUUUGCUGGUGGGCUUCUCACUGACGCAGCUUCCCAUGUUCCUCUGCAUGGUCUCCGUGUUGAGGACGCUGAGGGCGAACAUUGCCAUGCCCCAUGAGAUGCUCCUUUCGUCCAUCCACACCGCCUCGUCCUCCCCCUCGCCCACGAGAAUUCCGCUGCCGCGCAGCUCACGGCGGCACUCGUCCACGGCGGCCGUCAUCUGGUCCAGCUCGGCUGGCUGCCUGGUGGGGGUUGAUCCCCAGGUUGACAUCGUAGACGGUGCGGGCGGAUGGGCGGUCCCUCUUGGUCUCGUAGUCCUCCCUGGCGCCCUCAAGGAAAACCAGCUCCUGCUCGGGGGCAGAAUGUGGGGGUCCCAUCAGGUGCCUGGUCGACGGCCUCGAGGGCGGCCUUCCGGAGGGGCACGCGGGCAUGGGCAGGGCCGAUGAAUGGCGGCGCGUCGGGGGUCGGUUCCUUGCCAAGGACGGAAAACCCGUUGGCACAGUGCAGGUGCGCCUCCACAAGGUUCUCCCACUGGUGAACUUGGCCGUUGGUGCGGAAGAGGGUGCCCUUUCGUAACAUUGCUGCUGCUGCUGUUGCUACGGCUGCUGCUGCUGCUGCUGCUGCUGUGGUGGUGGCUGGAGGUGGCGAGCAGCUGAUGGCCUCUCGAGGAUGGGCCGCCUCACUACUGCUGACGAACAGAGAUGUCUCGAACUUCUUGUAAUAAAUGUUGGUUCUUCGUAAAGGUUGGUUCUUACCUUUUGCGUAUGUCCGAAUACGCGAACUCUGCACCACAGCGAAAAUCAGUGAAUGGGUUUUCCCCUUGGUAGUUGUUUGGGGCCUGCAGACCGGUGUACACAUGCGUAUCCCUCCAUAUUUGUUCACACGCCCAGCCAUUGUUCGCUUCGUACCGUCUUCGUUUAGUACGGAUAUCUCCUCCACUGACCAACUCGCUCGGUCUCCGACGCCAUCCACUAAAUGACAGAGAAAUCUGUCUAUUCUGGCCGACAGGCAAAAUGUGGGGUCUGCAAAGAAUCGAAGGCAACAGCGGCCAUGAUGCGGACGGUGUCCGAGAGUGUCUGGCGUCCGCAUCAAUACGGCUCUACAGCUCUCGUUUGGUGGCGUUUGUGACCUUCUUUUACCUUCUUUGAGCCACCGGCCUUGAAGCUCUUCCCUUGUAGCACCACCCCUCGUGGUAGCGCACUGAGUACCACUUCCGGAUCCUCACCCUCGUGUGCAUUCAAUGGCAGCGUUUCAGUGUGUCUGCCCGCAGGAAACGCCGCAGGUGAGUUCAGGGGUCUGCGAUCACAGUGUCUGAGCAGCUCUUGAGCAACCGAGAGUGGGAG